AUGAAUUCAUUAGAUGAUCCAGCGGUAAAUAAUAAAUACUUGAAGUGUAAAAUAAGAGUUAAAAAGUGGGAAAGUGAUUUUAUGGAAAAAUAUGGACGGAAACCAACCAAGAAUGACAUAAAGAGUGCCGACAAAACAAUUCGAGACUCUUACAAAAAUUAUUGGAAGCUCAAGACUAAAGUGCUGGAAGAAACCUUGCUGGACAUAACAUUUUCUGAUGAAAUAGAAUCAAAUGUCUCAUUAAAUACGUCUUCUUUGGAUUUUCUGUCCCAAGAUAUAAAAGCUCCUGAAAAAUCUGUGCUCGAUAAAUCAACAGGAUCUCAGUCUGUGGUAAAUACUGAAAACAUUGCUCCAGAUGUCCCCAAGGCAGAGCCCUCAGUUCCCGUGGAUACUCUCAACGUGGACGGUGCUUGGGGUGAUCAUCUCAACAAAGAUUACGAAGCACCGAAGAAAAAAAAAAUUCUAAUAGGUAAAUCUUCAUCCUUCCAACUUUCUCAAAAGAAAUUCACUUCCAGCAGCUUCUUAAAGCGCAACCCCAGGAAGUCACUAUCUAUGAAUAAAUCCAAGAGUAAGUUUAAUCUCAAUAAAUCUGCCUCUGAAGCAGACAACUCAAAUAAUACGAGUCUAACUGCUGCAACUAUUGAAGAUUCAUCAGAUCUGUUACUUGCUGAUCCUAUAAAAAUAGUUACGCAGAAAAUAAAAGUGACAAAUCAGCCUAUUAAUAUUAUUCAGCAAGUACUUAGCGGUAAGUCUGUGACUGUAGACAGAAAAUUGGACAGUGGGUGGCUGGCCAGAUGCUCUAAAGAUGAUAAUGAAGCUGUUGAAGAGCCCAAAUCAGAAUCCAAACGUUUGUCUGGUAUCAGUGACUCGGGAAUUGAGUCUUUGGACAAUAAUUAUCAAGAAACUCAGGAUACUUGUUUAAAAGAAUCACCUUCGCAAGUAGCUGAAGUUUCUGAUGAUGAUUUUGUGUGUGUCAGCGACUCUGAAGAAGAGAGUCGCAAUAAAAGGAUCCGUAAUUGGAGACGGACUGCUUCGGAUUUGUCGAAUGUUUGUAAAAGGCCACGUACAGAUUUUUCUUAUCGUACUUUCAGUUUUGCCUCUCCGUUAAAUAAGCAGAGUUUUGUGAGUCCAGCUAUAGAGAAGGAAAUUAAAAGAUUGGAAGCCGAAAAAGUUGUUACAGAAAAACAUGUACCGCUUGUUAAAGAAAACUUUUUGGUAGAAAAGGAAGAGAAGGGGGUUGAGCAGACUAUUAAUAGUGAAGAAAAGGGUAAAAAGAAGCGAGGAAGGAAACCUGCUGUUAAAAAAAAGUCUAGUGAAACGAAAAAACCUCGGAGGACUACCAGGAGAAAAGUCAAAUACUCUGAAGAUAGUUCUGAAGAGACUUUUGAAGAUAAGGAGUUAUCGAACGAGAAAGAAACUCCGGAGAUUUUUAUUUACGGUGUGGAAGCUCUGGAUGUGGUUCCGCGGUUCGCUGUGCCGCAGGACACGAAUGGCGAUCUUGUAACAGAGUUCUGCGAGUCUAUCGAAGCGGAAAAAACAGCGGUGACUAAAGCGAAACCAAAGGCUGCGAUGUCAGCAAAAGAAAAACUAGAAGCUAAAAUAGCCUCUGGUAACGUAAAUGACAACUUUGUAAGGAUUAAUUUGAAGAAGAAAAUUUUUGUUCGUGGGAAGAAAUCUUUCAACUUUUCCAGGUAUAAAAAGAAUCAGUGGAAACACAAGAAGAAAGAACUAGCAUCCGGAGAAGGUUCACUGGACUUGGCUGACCUGGCUGAGAAAAACACGUGCUUUAAAUGUAGAGGAAGCAAUCAUGUCUCUAGAAACUGCCCUGCAAUGAAGAGCGAUGAGUUGAUACCCCUUGGAGAUACUGAUGUCUCCGAAUUUCCGACUCUGGAAGAAGCCAAGCAUAUGGCGAGUCAAGAAGCCGUUAAGGCUCAUGCUCAUCGGAUGCAUCACCUUCCAAAGACGUUGUCAAUGUCCACUGAGGAAAAACAACCUGAAGAAGAAUUGGAAAACUGUCCCUAUGAUUUUGAUGAUGAUUUUGAAGAAGAAAUUCCCGAAGAUCAACCAUUUGUCGGGCACAAAAUUCCUCAGGAACUUAUAGACAAAUUACUACCCCCAGAAAAUGGAGUUAUUGAUCCCGUUUUCCCAACCAGCAGCGACGGGUUGGUGAUACCGACACCUGCUGAAGUGCUGCAAACUCUGAACAAAUUUGGCCACAAGAGCUUCCGACCUGGACAAGAAAAAGCCGUGAUGAGAAUCCUUUCUGGACAGUCAACUUUGGUAACUCUAUCUACUGGAUCCGGUAAAUCAUUGUGUUAUCAGCUGCCAGCAUAUUUGUACGCCAAGAGGUCACACUGCAUUACCCUGGUGAUUUCUCCAUUGGUAUCUCUGAUGGACGACCAAGUAACCGGAGUCCCGGGGUUCAUUUCCGCGGCAGCAUUGCACACAGGUCAAACUCCAAAGACCCGUGAGAAAGUUAUCGAAGCUGUAAAAGAAGGGCGGCUUGAUAUUCUUCUGGUGUCUCCAGAAGCGAUAGUAGCUGGUGAGAAAUCAACAGGCUUUGGAUCACUGCUGCGACAGCUUCCACCGAUCGCUUUUGCUUGCAUAGACGAGGCCCAUUGUAUUUCCCAGUGGUCCCACAACUUCCGUCCGUCUUAUCUGAUGGUCUGUCGAGUGCUUAUGGAGAAAAUGGGAGUGAGAACAAUUCUAGGACUAACAGCAACUGCGACGCGAGCUACAGCCGAAAGUAUCGUCAAUCAUCUGAAGAUCCACGAUGGCAUGGCCGGAGUAAUAAGUGACGUCCCGCUUCCUAACAAUUUAACUCUGACUGUUUCUAAAGAUGACCAGCGUGAUCGCGCAUUGGUGGACCUUCUCCGAAGCCCGAGAUUCAAAGAUUGCAACUCGAUAAUCGUCUACUGCAUCAAGCGAGAAGAGUGCACAAGAAUCGCUGGACUUUUGAGAGUGUCUCUCCAAGAUCUGGAGACCGGCAAGCCGAAACCUAAAGCCAAAGUGUCGACUAUCGCGGAAGCUUAUCAUGCAGGAUUGGCAGCCAGUCGUCGUAAGGUCAUUCAGAAGCAUUUCAUGUCCGGCGAUACGCGAAUCGUCGUCGCGACUGUGGCCUUUGGUAUGGGAAUAAACAAGUUGGACAUCAGGUCGGUUAUUCACUACAACAUGCCGCAGAGUUUUGAGGGAUACGUUCAAGAAGUUGGACGAGCUGGUCGUGAUAAUUUGCCAGCUCACUGUCAUCUUUUUAUUAAUCCUCAGGAAAACAGUGACAAGUGGGAGCUGAGAAGACACAUAUAUGCCAACGGAGUAGACCGUCAUACAAUAAGGAAGCUUUUGCAGAAGAUUUUUGUCCCUUGCUCGUGUGCCACCAGUGGAAAACGUUGUCCUGGGCAUGAAGUCGCGAUUCCGAUUGAUGAAACAGUUCGCUCGCUUGAUGUAACUGAAGAAAUGAUUUCAACGCUGCUCUGCUACCUGGAGCUACACCCAAAGAAAUUUGUCACUGUGUUGUCUUCUGUUUAUGUCAAUGCUAAAGUUACGAGCUACAAUGGAGCGCCAGCAUUGAAAGCUGCUGCGCAGUCAUCGCCUCCACUGGCCAUGGCGAUUGCGCUAGACCGCAAAAAGGGUGUCACGCAUGACAAUGAUACAAUUAUUGAAUUCCCAGUGGUUGAUGUAGCAGCAGCAAUUGGUUGGGACUCCGGAGUGGUUAAAAGUCACCUAAAAAAUCUAGAAUGGACGACUGUUAAUGGCAAAUCAAAACGAUCAUCUAUUUCUGUAAGGUAUGACACUCUGGGACUGAGAGUCCGCGCACCAGGUGACCUGACUGAUGCUGAGCUAGACGAAGCUCUUGACGCUCUGGCUUCUAGGACUCAAAACCAAGAAACUUCUUCCCUGGAGCAGCUGGAGAUAAUUCACACUGUUAUGAACAAGUACAGCUGCCAAAGGGUCAAAGAUUGUGAGGAGUUGAAUGAUGAGAAUAUUUAUAAGUCUGAUCAGUUGAAGAAUGUCAUUCGUCAGUACUUCCAGUCACCGAGUCCGCUUUCUAUUGUAGAGAUUGGUGCCAAGAAGAACAAUUCAGCUAAUGAAGCUCAGCUUGUCAAUGACAUCAGGUCGCUGAUCGCUAGUUACAGAGAUAAUAAUUUUACAGGUCGUGCUGUCGCACGAAUCUUUCACGGAAUCCAGAGUCCUAAUUACUCCGCGCUUACUUGGUGUCGUUGUCGAUAUUGGCGAGCGUAUCUUGCUGUUGAUUUUAAUUAUAUAGCACAGAUUGCAACUAGAGAAAUUUUAGCCAUGCGAUAA